AUGAGGACUUGGCAGUGUCUUAUCUUCUUCCUCACAAUCGCCGUGUGCAUGUCGGCAGAAGUUCGCAGUCGACGAUGGAUUAGCUCUGUCGUUAGGAGACUUCACACAAAACUUGUGCAUAAAGCCUACUACGCCAAGUGCUUGGUUGACAGUCCGCUCACGGUGAUCGUUUGCAGAGGAGUCAGCUACGGAGCCGGGCUGACCCCUGAAGCGGCCAAGGACAGCGCCAGGUACUACGCCUCGGCCACUGGCGACUACCGGUGUGGCUACUUCGUCGGACAAUGCAUCAUCCGUCAAUUUGAAAAAAAAACCCCUUAG